UAAGAUAACUUCCGCCGCAGUCACAAGUUCACACGAUAUCCGCGAGUGUACCACAGAGUGGCAAGAGCCCUACAGAAACUCGCGGUGUCUCGUAACGACGUUGGAAAUCAAUAAAAACGACAUUUGAGUAAAAGCUCAGCAAUGCUUAAGCUACAGCAUCUAUUUUGCAUAGCAAUCGCUAUAAACGCGCACUCAUGGACUCAAGCGGCUAGCACCUUCCUGGGCGCGUCCUCCAGUCGCAUUGUGGGCGGCACUUCGGCGCGUGACAUCAACAUACCGUACAUCGUCUCGUUGCGCACUUUCAACUUCCACAUUUGUGGUGGCUCCAUAAUUAACGAACUUACUGUGCUCACCGCCGCGCAUUGUUUGGUGGCCACCGAUGCUCGCGACUUGCAGGUGCACGCUGGCACGAAGUCGCGUUCCUCGCAUGAAGGUGUCUUGGUAAGCGUUGCAGCUAUACACUACGACCGCCGCUUCGUUAUGGACACCAUGGAUUAUGAUAUUGGUUUGGUGCGUUUAGCUACGCCACUCAAAUUCACCAGAAAGAUACAACCCAUCGCUUUGCCGGCAGUCGGCGAAUCGGUAUUGGAUACUGACGUGGCUUUGGUGGCCGGUUGGGGCUACAAGACACCUUAUGGACCUGGUUCUUACGUUUUACAAUACGCGCGUGUGCCAAUUAUUAACCAAGCCGAGUGCAAUAAGCAGUUGGAAGGUUCAGUUACUGAUCGCAUGAUCUGUGCUGGUUAUGCUGAGGGCGGCAUAGACGCAUGCCAAAUGGACUCUGGCGGUCCGCUGGUGGUUGAUGAGAAACUAGUCGGCAUUGUAUCGUGGGGUGUGGGCUGUGCGCGCCCUAAUAGACCGGGAGUCUACACGCGCGUUGCCGAGUUGAUACCGUGGGUGCAAACCACACUGGCUGAGCAGUAUCAAGAUACCAUUCCAAGCGAUAGGAAAAAAUAAGAUAAGAGAAUCGGCUGUGUUAUUGGCAAUGAAAAAA